AUGACAACUCUCGACUCCGAAUUUCCUUACUCCCUAACCAUCUCUCUCCCGCUGCCCACCCACCGCCUCGCCUCUGCGGCGCUCCGCACUCUACAGGUCGAUGCCGAACUCUCCCCGCUCGUCCACCGAUCGUUCCGGCUCACACGGCCGCCGCCGCAGCCACCCUCGCCAUCGCCAUAUCCCGCCACUCCUUCUGCAGAUACCAGCGCUAUUGAUACUGCUACCACUACUGCUACCACUACUGCUACUGCUACAGCUACAGCUACUGCUGGUACUUCUGGGGGAACAGAAGCAAGAGAUGGAGACGACGACGAGGAGGAGCUGACAGUGCUACAGACGGAGUACCGAGCGACGACGAACCGGAUGCUGCGGAUUGCCGUGAACGGGUUCAUGGAGAGCCUGGGGGUUGUGUUGGGGGUGAUGGAGGAGCUGGAUGUGGAUGUUCUGGAGGGGGAGUUGGGGGGGAUAUACAAUGGUUACUAG